CUUAAGCACAAGACGAGUGAUGAGGUGGGAGGGCGGUGGUGAGAGGGCGCGUCCCUUCCCAGUGCCUGAUAAGCAGGUGUGAUGCAGUGCUCAUCUUGGCGGCUUCACCCUGGGCCCUUGGAAGAGCAGGUAUGGGAAUGCAGCUCCCACACUUCCGGGCAAGGCUGGUUGCUGUGGGAACGGUGGCAAGCGGAAGUAAGGCGGUGCCAGCACUUCCCCUUCCGGUUCAGCGCCCUCCUUCUGGGUAAGCUGCAUGGGACACCGCUUCCUGCGCGGUCUCCUACCUCUGCUGCUCCCGCUGCCGCCGGUGCCAACCCUUUGGGGUCCGCAUCGCACGCUCAGCCUGGAGUUCGUCUUGCCCUCCAAAAGGCCCCGCAGCCACCUCAUGGCUCCGCCCCGAAUCGGGACACACAAUGGCACCUUCCACUGCGACGAGGCGCUGGCCUGCGCGUUGCUGCGCCUCCUGCCCGAGUACCGGGAUGCAGAGAUUGUGCGGACCCGGGACCCCGAGAAACUGGCUUCUUGUGACAUCGUGGUAGACGUGGGUGGAGAGUACGACCCUCAGAGACACCGAUAUGACCAUCACCAGAGGUCUUUCACAGAGACCAUGAGCUCCCUGUCCCCUGGGAAGCCGUGGCAGACCAAGCUGAGCAGUGCGGGACUCAUCUAUCUGCACUUCGGGCACAAGCUGCUGGCCCAGUUGCUGGGCACUAGCGAAGAGGACAGCGUGGUGGGCAUCCUCUAUGACAAGAUGUAUGAGAACUUCGUGGAGGAGGUGGAUGCGGUGGACAAUGGGAUCGCCCAGUGGGAGGAGGGAGAACCUCGGUAUGCGCUGACCACGACCCUGAGUGCCCGGGUUGCUCGGCUCAAUCCCACCUGGAACCAGCCCAACCAAGACACUGAGGCCGGGUUCAAGCGUGCAAUGGAUCUGGUUCGAGAGGAGUUUCUACAGAGACUAGACUUCUACCAGCACAGCUGGCUGCCAGCCCGGGCCCUGGUGGAAGAGGCCCUGGCCCAGCGGUUCCAGGUGGAUGCAAGUGGGAAGAUAAUAGAACUGGCAAAGGGUGGAUGCCCCUGGAAGGAGCACCUCUACCACCUGGAAUUGGAUCUGUCCCCCCCGGUGGCCAUCUCCUUUGUCAUCUACACUGACCAGGCUGGACAGUGGCGGGUACAGUGUGUGCCUAAGGAGCUCCAUUCAUUCCAGAGCAGGCUGCCCCUGCCAGAGCCAUGGCGGGGUCUUCGGGAUGAGGCCCUGGACCAGGUCAGUGGGAUUCCUGGCUGCGUCUUUGUCCAUGCCAGUGGCUUCAUCGGUGGGCACCGUACCCGAGAGGGUGCCCUGAGCAUGGCCCGGACCACCUUGGCCCUUCACUCAGCACCUCUACCUCCCACAAAUCCCCUCGGCCAAUAAAAUGUUUUCCAUCUCAUACUGACUAAGUAUUGCUCCGGUUUUGCCCCGCACCAUUCUGGGAACUUGCUGAAACUUGGGGAAUGUACAUCUAUUAUACUGGGUAUUUUCUCGGCUUUGCUUUCCCAGUCAUUUGAAAACCAUCAUCUCCUAAGGGUAAAUAACUUGACCACGUUCACAAGAAGUGACUAAAAAGUGAGAGACAAGA